AUGAAUUCCUCGCCGUCGUCGCAGCCCCUCGAGCUAAGAGGGCGCCAUGAUGAACCUGAACCACUCCAUAUCAAAAUACGCCGCCUCUUCUCCGGUACACCGGCAGGGGCUCAUGUCAAGCUCCAGUUUGUGGAAAAGAUCUGGCCAGAGCUGGAGAGUGACUAUGAAUUGGUGAUGCGAGAGAUGAAGCAGUAUUGCACUCGCCACGUCAAUGUUCCUCACACUGUGACUGGUCGGGUGAAAUCUCGCGAAUCGAUUGAAAAGUCUAUCACGCGACGCGAAGAAUAUCGGAGAACUCACAGAAAUGGCCCCUACACAACACUUCACGAGAUAUUGGAGGAUGUGCACGAUCUCGCGGGCAUCCGAAUUACUGUUGACUUUCUCUCCGACACUGAGCCGGUCAACGAAUUCAUCAGAAAGAUUUUUCAGCCCACAAAAGAUGCAAAUAUCUUUCCCCGGCAUCGCAGUGUCGGCAGGCAAUGGAAAGCAUUAUUUGGUGCCUAUGAGAGUACGAACCAUCAUGUCACAGUCAGGCCCGAGGUUCCUGAUAUAUCCCAUCAAUUUGACAACGUCACGUUUGAAAUUCAAGUCACCUGCCUCGCAGAGAGCCUUUAUAACAAACUAGCACAUCCUUUACUGUACAAGGGACAAGCUGGUAGCAUCUCACGGAAGGACGAGAUGGUCAUUGACUUGAGUCAUGGAGUUGCACUCUGUUUCUCUAUUUGUCAAUUGCUAAUGCAAGAUAAACUAGAUGACCGAGUAAGGUCUAUAGACGAACCCGGUCUAAGAGAUGCGAUGAUACGGACGGCAGAUGGCCCUGAAAGUGAACCAUCCCGCGAAGCCAUGGACGCCUUAACAAAGCUCACACCAGAAGUCACUUCACAGAAUGUCCAGGAAAGUAACGGCACCAGUUUGAAGAGGCGAAGAUCAUUUGGAGAGAGUAUUCCAAUUGGGUCUCUUCUAGAAGUGCUAUCUGGGUCUCCGAAUGAAGUCGAUUCCAAAAGAGACCUCUGGAUGUGCUUCAUUAAGAAGCUAGAAGACUGGAACUUAGGCUUGAAAGGGGUCAAUAUGGCCAUACAGAACCAAACUAGAGCACUUCGUCAAUAUCAACUGGAUGAAAAAGACCAGCAGUGCCUGUGCGACUUGGUUGUGAUCAAUCCUCAGGACCACAAAGCACUCAUAGAGCGUACAAAGGGUGGAUUAUUGAAGGAUGCAUACCGCUGGAUCCUGCACGACGAAACCUACUGCAGAUUUCGAUUAGAUCCGGAAAGACGCCUCUUGUGGAUCAAGGGAGACCCGGGCAAGGGAAAGACAAUGCUUCUCUGUGGCAUAAUUGAUGAGUUGAAGGAGGAGCCUACACAACUCAUAACGUAUUUCUUCUGCCAAGCUACGCGGGAACAGGAUCAAAGAAGUGCCCCGGCGGUAUUUCGAAGCCUGAUAUGGUUUCUUUGCCAACAACGACCAGAAUUGGUAUCAUAUAUACGCGAGAGCUAUAAUGUUCAAGGAAAGAAGCUUUUUGAAGACCUAUGUGCACUGGAUGCCCUAGAGAAUAUCCUUCGCUCCAUGCUCUGCGACCCGGUUUUAGGAAGCGCCAUCUUUGUCAUUGAUGCACUAGACGAAUGCUGUGAUGAUGAUAGGCAUGACAUUAUUCGCCUCGUCAUCGAGCUUUCAAAGACAUUCGAUGCUAAAUGGGUUGUGUCGAGCCGAAACUUUACUGAUAUUGAGGAUCAGUUUCGAAGCGCCUGCAGCGAUAUCGAGCUGUCUCUUGAGUUGAACAAGGCUUCCAUUUCCAAGGCAGUGGGGUAUUUUAUUCAGAAAAAAGUAGAUGACCUGGAAAAAAUCAAGGAAUAUAAACCCAAGAUGAAGCAGGAUAUUCUCGAAACUUUGCAGCGUAAGGCCAGCGACACUUUCCUUUGGGCAGCCUUGGUGUGUAAAGAACUGGCGCACCCCAAGACCAAGCUUCACCAUACGAUGGCAAAGUUAGAAUCUAUACCAGAAGGGCUGAACGGCCUGUAUGAACGGAUGACAGAGCAGAUCUUUGCAGGCAAUGAUAGGGCUAUUCUGAAACAGAUCCUUGCCAGUACAUGCACUGCCUUCCGCCCAAUGACGCUUGAUGAGCUCUAUACUUUAGUUACAGAACUCGAGAAAUCCCAUAUUGAACCUGAAAAUUUGGAAGAGGUCAUCAAGGACUGUGGCUCAUUUCUGACUACGCAGGAAAGAACUGUUUACUUUGUGCAUCAAACAGCUCAAGACUUUCUGAUCAAAUCAAAAAAGAUAUUGACAGAUGGGAUCCUGUAUCAACACUCAGACAUGUUUGAACGCUCUCUAGCUGCUCUGAGAGGGCUUAAGAAGAACAUUUAUGAUCUCGAAAACCCAGGCGUGCUUGUCGAAGAGAUUACACAACCCCGCCCUAACCCAUUAGCUGGUUUGGAAUAUGCCUGUAUUUUCUGGGUGGACCAUCUCGCGGAAAUCCAAAACUGGUACACACGGACAGGACAGGAAAUUGAGGCUUUCAUCAGUAGUCAGCUCCUGAGCUGGCUGGAAGCUACAUCCUUAAUGCAGCAAAUGCCAGAAGCAGUAAGGGCAGUGAAGAAGCUUGGAUCCGUCAUUCGGGACAAAGGGAAUCAAAGCCUAAAUGAUCUCGCAGGAGAUAUGCAAAAAUUUGUUUUUUAUUUCCAGCAAGUAAUCGAGAUGGCACCUCUCCAGGUCUAUGGAUCAGCGCUCGUGUUCAGCCCCACGAGCAGUUUUAUGAAGCAAACCUAUCAAGCAGAAGAGACGACAGGAGUGAAAUUGUCUUCAGGCUUGUGUAUAAACUGGGACGCGGCCUGCACCCACGUACUCGAGGGCCAUACGGAAGCCAUAAUAGCUGUGAGAUUUUCUCACGAUGGUUGCCUGGUAGCUUCUAGCUCUUACGACCUGACUGUGAGGAUCUGGGACACGUCCUCAGGUCAAUGCAUUCAGACACUGAACUUUGCAGGACACAAUGUGAGUACUUCUUUUUCAUGCGAUAGGCGCUUGCUCGCGAUGGCUUCACGUGGUCUCAUUAAAAUAUGGGACCUUGAGGCCAAGGAAUUUGCGCAAGAUAUUAUUACAAACGGCGAAAGAGACGUCUUGUGGCUCCAGUUUUCAGCACAGUGCAAUGAAUUAGUUGUCAUUUUAGAAGAGGGAGAGGGAGCUGGUCAAGGUGUUGAGGUAUGGGAUAUGACUACGUCUAGUUGGGUCCGCACGAUCAACACGAGCUCGUUUGAGAACUUUUCGGUCUCUGUAGACGGUCGACAACUGGCGACGAUAACUCCUAAUUUUGAGGAUGCCAUACUGUUCGAUCUGACCACCGGGAACCGUCUCUCGAAGUUCCAGGGCAGAGACACAGUUUCAUUUUCCGCCACCGACCCAAACUUGCUUGCCUUGGUCUUUGAGAGAGAUAAGAUCGAAAUACGAAAUACGGAAACAGAGGAGUGCAUACAUACUUUCACCAUUGGCGAGCAAAUCAUAAGUGGUGGUUUUUGCUUAGGACCCGCAUUUCUCGCAACGGCUGAAAUCGGUUCCCAAAUAAUUAGAAUCUGGACCUUCGCGGGAGCUUGCACCCAGACUUUUUAUGGCCAUUCAAAACCGAUUAAUGACCUCGCAUAUUCUCCAAACAGACGUUUACUUGCCUCAGCAUCAGAAGACCGCACUAUCAGGCUCUGGGAUAUGUCAAUAGACCAGGCAAUUGCACAGGAGGUUGAGGAUCGCCAUGCCCCUUCGUCUUCCCUCAAGUUCUCAAACAACCAGCGGUGGCUUGCAUCAGCGGGGAUUGUAGAGAAGUCGGAUGGUGGCAAAUAUUUCGGCGUUAGAAUUUGGGACAUACCCACCCAGACUUGCAUUCACACACUGCCCAGUCGUAGAUCUAGCUGGCACGAGGACCUGAUUCUCCUAUUUUUUUCACAAGAUGAUCAGUGGCUUGUCUGUACCACUGACAACACCCUUAGAAUAUGGAACACGCCCAAUUGGCGUUUGCUCUUGCGUACAAAGCAUCACUACAUCAUUGACUUUUCAUUUUCCUCGAAUUCUUGCAAUGCUGCACUGCUCGAGAAAAUUAUGGGCUCAUCGAUCAGCAGGAUCCGCGUGUUGGAUCUCUAUACAAUGGCUUUUACCUAUACCAUCGAUGUGAAAGAAUAUAGUCCAAGAUUCCUUGAGCUUUCUGGAAAUGUCGAAUGGAUUGCAGUGGCUUUUUCGGACAAACUGAGAAUAUAUAACCUGAAGUCGCCUGCUACAAUACUCUCAGCCAAUAUUCCGGACAUCCAGGUAUUGCAGGCCGACUCAUCCACCGAUUUGAGGUUUUCCACCAACUUGGGGAUUGUAUACAGAGAAGGCGUCGAUGAUCUUCAGAUAGACCCUGGCGAGACAUGGCACUCAAAAAGCUUCAACAAUUACAGGGUCAGUGAAGACGGCGAAUGGAUUGUCAAGGGGGAUGAGAGGAUUCUUUGGGUUCCCCCUGAUUAUAGGUCAUCAAUAGCAGUCACAGCCUCAGUACUAGCAAUGAGCAGCCCUUCAGGGGGCAUAGUAUGGGGGAAAUUACCUUAA